AUGCCUCCCAACCCGCUCUUCAAGCCAGCUUCCAGCGACCGCCGACCCAAGCGCAGUCCCUCACCUCCCAAACGAUUCGUCGAGCCGCUCUCGCCCACCCGACCGAGACCUGUGGAGCCCAACUACAACUACCCGGCGAUCAACAGCCGUGUUGACUUCACCGUCAAGCCAGACCAGCCCUACACAGCUACGCCCAAGAGCAGGAAUCGCAGCGCUAGCUACAGGCAUGCACACCACCGGACUCCUUCUACCAUCGACACCCUCGCUGAAGCGGCUCUUGCUGUGAGUCCGUCACUAGAACUUCUCAAUGGACACUCUCAUGGCUACCCAAUGCCUUCUGCCUAUGGCGGAAGUGAGCCACCACACAAGCGAUCGCGUUCCGAGAUGCUACCCUCGCCCAUGGUCGGGCAGUAUGCGUCGCGGCCAGCGACGAGCUACGAACACAUCAAUGGCUGGUACAGGGAUCCUACACAGCAGCAGAACUCCGGCCCGCCCUAUGACAGUCGAUUGGAAGAAGCGUCUCUGCUGCUGAACUUCCGCACCGGCGGCUGGCCCAACAACAGUCCUCCGCCUCCUCUGCCUCUGCCGAACUCCGGCUUCGCAUCUGCACCAAGACCGCACGCGAAUAGCUUUCCGCAAAGCACUCGUCAGCCUUGUCCUGCGGACCUUGCAGCCCAGGCCGGCCUGCUGCCCCCUUUCAAUCCGCAAGACGGCGACGCUCCCCGACCGACACUACCUUCACCGCAGCAGACCGUCGACGAGUCCACACAUAUUCCUCCCUUCCCUGCUCCCGAGCUUAUUCAGAAUGUUGCUGUUGAUGCGGUAGCCUCGAGCGCUCUUCGCCCGUCGAGAACAGAGCAAGAAAAGCCAGAUGUGCCGCAGAGGACCGCAAUCCGCACUGAGGAGCUGGUCUCCAGGGCCGGUAGUACAGAUGUCACCAUGAGCGAGACUUCGGAAGGCGCACCAAGACCAAAGCGGGCCACGCAGAAGACCAAAACUCGAGGGUUGUCCUCGCGCAAGUCAAUUGCCGAGAAGGCCGCAACGAAGAGAGCAGCUGCGCGAAAGAAGACACCAGAUCCUUCGAAAGUCAGCCGUACGGCGAGUGAAGCCCCCCAAGCAUUCGAAGUGGACCGCAAUCGGCGCAAGAGCUUUAGUGAUGUACCGGUCAACUGCGAGACCUCCAUUCCCAAUGGUCAGGGACACCGGGCAAUUUCUGUUCCCCAAGAGAUCCCCAUGAUCAUCCGUCCAGCUUCGACAGCGAAGACGCCAAAGCGUAACAAGAAUGCCACGGAGACGGUAAUAUGCGCUGGCUGUGCAACAACCCGGGAGAGCUCCAGUCGUAAUGGCGAGAUGGAUGAGUGGGUGUCGUGCAACGGAUGUACGAAGUGGUUUCACGUCGACUGCGCUGGCUUUAAGAAGGCCAUUGAAGUUCGCGACGUCGACAAGUACUUCUGUCCCACCUGUGAGCCAGUGCACGGGAAGACGACAUAUGUGAGGAAGAGCACCCGUGCUCAUGCGUCUGUUGACUAUGCCGAGCUGCAGAGGGGCGUUCUCAAAACGAGUGAAGAGAGCAUGGAGCAUCAUUAUAUUCAACCUAUCAAGGACGGGACCUUCCAAUUCGAUCCGGAGUAUUUCCCACGUAUGCGACCGGAGCUUGUCACUCGGGAUUUCUUCGAGAAGAGCAGCGCCUUUGUCGAACCCAUCUGUAUCCCUGCGGAAUGGAAUCCUCGGCCUUGGCUCAAAAAUCGUCGCGACACGGACGGCAACAACCAUAAUGUGAUGAAGGACGGAGCUGACGACGUUACGAGCGACACGAUACCUGACGAGUUCGAAUACGACGCUGUUGCCGAUGAAGGCCAAGACAAGCUUGACAUGGUGAUGCCGGAAGAUCUCACAGUCAGGCAGGUCUGCAAUCUGGUUGGACCCCACACACCGCUGGACGUGAUAGACGUCAAGACACAGAAUUCUGGCGCAAAAUGGGACCUUGGACGAUGGGCCGACUAUUACGAGGGCGUGAGCGAUGAUAAGCCAAUUCUGAAUGUGAUAUCCCUGGAAGUAUCCCAAACCAAAUUGGGUCGCAUGCUGCGACGACCAAAGGUGGUCCGGGACAUUGACUUGCAGGAUCAGGUCUGGCCUCAGAAAGAGACAGAUGCCGGGAAGUAUCCGAAAGUACAAUAUUACUGUCUCAUGUCUGUGGAAGACAGCUACACCGACUUCCACAUUGACUUUGGCGGGAGCAGCGUCUACUACCACAUUUUGAAAGGGAAGAAGACUUUCUUCUUCAUACCACCGAAGCCCAAACACCUCAAAGCUUACGAGGAAUGGAACGAUAGCCCAGAACAGAACUUCACCUUUCUGCCGAAUAUCACCAAGGAGUGCUACAGAGUCGACCUCAGCGAGGGCGAUACCAUGUUGAUUCCAUCCGGAUGGAUCCACGCAGUCUGGACGCCAGAGACGAGUCUGGUGAUUGGAGGCAAUUUCCUCACCCAGAUGUCGUACAAGAAUCAGUUCCGCGUGGUCGAGAUUGAGAAGGCCAAUCACACCCCGAUGAAAUUCCGAUAUCCAUUCUUUCAGAGGAUCAUGUGGUACAAUGUGAUCAAAUAUCUCACGGACGAUCCGCUUCCCGAGGCGGUGUCGCAGCUCUUCUACUCAGGCAAGACGUUUGAGCGUCAGACGCCUGUGUGGGCAGAUUUCGAUGGCGAAAUCGCGAGCCAGGACGAGCGACCUGGAGCGAAGAAUGCGCGAUACUAUGGCGAAGCGGAGAUUGAGGGUCUUCCAGAUCUGCUAAACUACAUCUUCCGCACCAUCAUGCUCGUCAAUGGGCGUAUUGAAGGCGUCUCGGCGGACCAGCAGAAGCGGGUAAACGCAUCCAUUCCCAAAGGGCAUGGUGAACCGCUGGAGGUCGCCAAGACGUUUGCGCUGUGGACGGCGUGGAAGCGAGGGAACGAGUAUCCUCCUGCAUGGGCGCAUCCGGACGCAGUGCUCCCCAGCAAAGAAGAAGGGCCGCCCAAGAAGCUGUCUGCACGUGCGCUCAAGGAGAUGGAGCGCAAAGAGGCAUUCGCCGCGCUAAAGGCACUCGGACCGGACCGCAAGUCCGAGCGAGUCAAAAAAUCCGCUAGUGCUAAUGCCGCGAACUCGACCUCGAACAUGGCGUCUUCGACUCCUGACCAUCAUCACCCAUCACCCACCCAUCCUCCACCGCAUCACCAGCCAUCGACCCACCCAUAUGCGCAUCAGAACAUGGACGUUCAGGCCUUACCUGCCGCGCAGCCAAUGGCAUUCGCGAUGAACGCCGCGCCCGGCCAGCAUAUCAGCACGCCGAAAACUUCGGUGCUUGGCCCCAAGCGCGUAGCGUGCGAUCAGUGUCGACGAAGAAGGAUCCGAUGCAAGCACAAAGAUCUGGUGACGCAGGUCACUCCGAAUCAAAUGCAGCAGACGUCGGGUGGCUUUGGUGCACACGACUCGCCUCAAGUCUACGACAACAUCACUGUAACGCCACCGAAAGCGAAAACAUCUGCCAAUCCGUUUACUAACCGAACCGAUGAACAGCCAGGAUUAAGCGGCCAUCCUGCUCAGAAUGGUUCCCCAGUCUCCAAUGGAAUGAAUGGGACCACAUUUCCUAUGACGGUUAAUGGGGUGCCCGUGUUUACGGACGCAACCAGACGCGGGCGAAGCAAAGCGUGCUUCGAAUGCAGGAAAUCGAAAGUGAGUCCUAGAAGGAUGUCUUCACCACGAAACACUGACAGGGUGCUAGCGACGGUGCAUUCAUGAUGAAAAUGGCAACGUUGAUCCUAUCAAAGCUGCGGAGACCCCUGUGCCGCGGGGGUCUGCUUCGUCGAAGAAACGGGCGUCCGAGGAGAACACACAGGGCAGUCCAGUGCCACUGAAGAAGAAGGUGAAGACGAGUCCUGUGCCAAACGGAUUGCCUGCGAUGCCAGCAUUCCCUCAUGACCAGAAACUCACCAACGGCGCUGUACAGCCGCAUCGUGAACCACCCAAUGGAUAUCAACACUCUCCGGCGCCGCCGCAGCACUCGCCCUCACACACUACAGCCCAAGCUCAAUCGACUAAUGCACCAUAUCGAUCACCAACUCUUUACCAUCAGGAAUCCACUCGACACCUCCCACAAGAGCAACAUCAGCCACCGCUGGACCCCAGCCUUUUUGGUUAUCCGGACCCUGCCAGUAGCUCCUACGUCAAUCAAAACUACGCAUACCCGUCCAGUGACCGCCCAGGCCCAUACCAAUUACCAUCGCUUGAGCAGAUUGCCAACGAGGUAAGCGAUCUCAGCUGCGGACCUGUAGACUUGCUAAUGAGUUUCAGGUUCUGGAUAUGAACGGCCGUUCACACGAGGACUAUCACACCUUCUCAGCGCAAGAACAGCGCGAUCCGCCACCCGUUUCCAAUGGCUUCACCGAAGCCACCCGGCCGGAUGAGAGUGUAGAUUCUGCCAUCUCAAUUCCUGGAUCAGACGACGGCAAACAUCAGGCAGCGAAGGACGAUGACACCAUGGCCCCGAUUCAGUCAUUGCCUGAUGCUCCGGUUCAAGCUUCUGUCGAAUCGUCUCACCCCAUCAAGACAGAUGCUCCGACAUCAGAGGCGCAGACAUCUCCCAGUCUACAGAAAAGCAGCGUGAACGAUCUGCCGCUCUACAAGCCACCGGCGCCUCUAUCGCUGUCGCCCGAAGUGUCCAAGCGCCAACCUCAUCUCACCAUCGGGAUAGGUGCUGAGCCCUCAGCGCCCGUGAAGCGGAGAAGAGAUUCCACGUCGUCGACACCAGGCUCCAAGAAGCCCCGGAUGGGUAGCGUGGAACCAAAUUGCGAGCAAGACGUGCAGAGGUUGGCGAAGUCAUUGCAGCAGGAUGAUCUUGGGCUGCGCAAGCGGGGCAAUUAG